CAUACAGAAAUGGCGGUACUGGAGGCUGAGCAGCUUUUGCAUGAAGCGCAAUCUCAUUUUCAGGGCCAAUUUUCUGUCGUGCUACCAUCCCCGGUUCCUUCGCUGGUUUUUCACAUACUAGAGACGGUGCUAGGCCCUCAGAAGUCUACGUCGUCAUUGGCAGAGUAUGCUGAGGCUGAUCUAGGGUCGAUCGUAAACACUACUGAAGAAGACGCGACAGAGGGGGAGGGAGCAGACGUGUUUUUAUGGAGUGGGUAGUUCAUUGUAGAUGUAGUGUAGUAGAACAACCGGUUAGUUUUUACCUCUAGAGACUUGAUAGCCUUUCAUUUUCCGAUGCUGAGGAGGAUCCUGCUACCGAGGACAGUGAACAACCAGGAAGAG